AUGCAUGCAGCUCAAGGGGCCUUCAGACCCAUCCGCCUCUUAGAUACAACACAGCAGCAGCAGCAGCAGCAGCAGCAACAGCAGCAGCAAGAGCAGCAGCAGCAGCAGAAGGAGCAGCAGCAACAGCAGCAGCAGAAACAGCAACAGCAGCAACAGAAACAGCAACAGCCCUUCUCCCUUUUAGUUUAUACUGCAUGCAGCAGGAGAGGGUAG